AUGACCAAUGACAAGGGAAAGGCUGUCCCUAGUUUUCUAAUCCAGAACUCCUGUUGUCUAGGGAAAGGUGUACUCGGUGAUGGACUGUUUGUGUGGUGGAAACGGGGUAUUCAGGUAUCCCAAUGCUCGGACAGAGAAGGACUUCCUGCGACAAAAGCUGUGGACGGUAAUUACAGCCAAAAUUACCAAGCAUGUGCACACACGGCGCCUUACCAAUCAAAAGCUUGGUUUCAGGUGGAUCUAAGGACGCCCUACAGGCUCAACUCUGUAAAAAUAUUUUACAGGAACGAAACUAACUGGAGACCUUACCGGUUUCGUCAGUUCUACUUGGAUGUAUCAAACACAUCUGCAGCUCUCUCUGCUACAUUAACACCACAGAGCUCGAGGGUGCGAUGUUACAAGGACAACACUACGUACCCAGCCACGCCCCCUUCUGUGAUUGACAUUCCGUGUAGACAAACAGCACAAUACGUCAUCAUAGAAACCACAUAUAAUGCUUCUGAAAAUACAGAAGAGACUGGACCUAUGCUAGAAAUCUGUGAAAUAGAUAUUUAUGGAUGUCACACUAGAUGUUUCGGGGAUACAUGCUACUCGAAUGGUGAAUGCGACACAUGUGGAGGAGGACACUGGGGACAAAGGUGUCAAUAUAGCUGCUCCUCACGAUGUUAUAUCGGGUCUUGUGACAAACAUAACGGAACUUGUAAUCGUGGAUGUCAACGUGGAUUUUGGGGAAAUAACUGUACCAAAAACUGUAGUGGACAUUGUCUGAAUGAUAUUUGUGAUUAUGACAAUGGAACCUGUAUUGGUGGGUGCAAAACCUACUUUACAGGAACUAUGUGCCAAAAUUGCCUACCAACCCGUUAUGGAGGGGAUUGUGAGAUGUCCUGUAGCACUAAUUGUCUUAAUGAAACCUGUCAUGCAGACAAUGGAACGUGUACCUUUGGUUGUGAUGGAAAUCAAGUUGAUGCCAAAUGUCUUCAAUGUAACGACAAUUAA